AUAGGAUCUUUGGUGGAAACCGUUGCUGCCUCCACAGAACGAGGACAUCACAAGAUGAUCGGAAUUGAAACGGAAGGAGCACGAGUUGAAGUCGUGGCAGCGGUGAACCAGCUGAACAGGCAUCUGGAACAAGAACCCAAGUAUCAGCCCAGGAUCAGCGGCUUGAAGGACAUUGAGUCGGCACAUGAGAAUGGGAUCCGAAUGACAGUGAGACUGAGAGACCUUGAAAUCAAGGAUCUCCUCAGCCUCUCCCAGUUCUUUGGUUUCAGCACCGAUACCUUUGUCUUGGCCGUAUCUCUGCUUGACCGAUUCCUGGGUCUAAUGAAGGUCCAGCCGAAACACUUGUGCUGUGUUGGCCUGUGCUGUAUGUACCUAGCUGUGGAGAGCAUCGAGGAGGAGCGCACUGUUCCACAGGUCAGCGAAUUGAUUGGAAUCAGUCAGUGCAGAUUCACGGUGUCGGAUAUGAGGAGGAUGGAGGGUAUUAUUCUGGACAAGCUGCACUGGAGGCUGAAGGGACCGACUGCCUUGAACUUUCUGCGAUUGUUCCACGAGCUUGUCCAGAACUGUUCCACGUCUGACAGGAAGGAGAUGCUGAAUCUUGAGCGACUCGAAUCCCAACUCAAAGCUUGUAGUUGUCGCUUUAUCUUCUCCAAGACGAAAGGGUCUGUCUUGGCCCUGUCGAUCCUGGCACUGGAGGUCCAAACUCAAGGGUUGCUCGAAGUAAACGAGACUGUGGAGAGCCUGCGGUUACACUGCAAAAUAAGCGACCCUGAUUUAUUCUACUGGAAGGAACUUGUUGCAAAGUGUUUAGCAGAGUAUUCGUCAACCGCGUGCUCCAGGCCAAAUCACAAAAAACUGAUGUGGAUUGUGUCGAGGAGCACAUCUAGGCAGCUUAAGAGUUGCCAUCGUAUCACUCCCCUCCCGACGAUCCCUGAAGCCGCUGCUUGCACUGAACCAGAAACUUAAUGAUUGCUCACCGAAAAGAUAGGUAUUUGUCGCAUCGAAACACUACCAGUGAACUGAUUUUGUUCCAUCUUCAAAACGAGUGCCUUUGUCUACAUGGGCUGCAACAUGGAGUGAACCAUUGUGUGGUGUGUGAUUCUGGGAAAAUAACACGGGCAGAUUUUUUUAAAAUUUAUUAACCCCUUAACUUUUUUUCCCCAAUAUGAUGCCUAACACAAAUUUGCACAAUAAUUAUUAAUGUUUGAAUACUGAAUGUAAGGUUUGGGCAUAUAUUGACUUUGUAUCCCAUUGUUAUUUAUUCAACCUGUCGAUCGAAUUUGAACACACCAGUUAGCUUUCAGGUUUUGCUCUUUUAUGGAUCCACAUGGGCCAAUUCUUCUCUAGUACCAAUGUAGUUUUAUCGCCUGAGAAUCUCCAUUAGACCAGAGGCCACAAAACCGUCAUAACUUCCCUUCUUCCUCCCAUCUACAAAACGAUUAGAAUUGUAACGAGGUGCAGAUAGAUAUACACUGUACAUUUGGCCAGGAAGAGACCUAUUUAAAUCUGUGCAAGAAAGAACUGCAGACGUUGGCUUAAAUCGAAGUGCUGGAGUAUCUCAGUGGGUGAGGCAGCAUCUCUGGAGAGAAGGAAUGGGCGACGUUUCAGAUCGAGACCCUUCUUCAGUCUGAUCGCACCUUCCAUAUCUCUAGUGUCUCCCUAGACUCAGUCUGAAGGGUCUCGCCCCGAAAAGUCGCCCAUUCCGUCUCCCCAGAGAUCCUGUCUCACCCACUGAGUUACUCCGGCAUUUUGUGUCUACUUAUUUAAACCUAAGCUAUUGAGACUGCUCUUAUAGAUUUGCGAGUGUAUGAAGGAUCUUUGCUUUGAAAGAUGCAUUACAUGCGUGAGGUUUUUCAAUUGCAGUUGAUUUAGAUUGACUUGGUUUUUCCAAAGGCCUAUCUUGCCAUAGGCAGUAAACAGCUGGGAUGUGUUAUGUGAAUCAAGAUGAUGUAUGAGCAGGCUCACUCUGUGUUAUACACUCGUCUGAUCAUCGGCAUCAUGUUAAUAGUUCACCUGCACCUAGAAUAAGCUUCUUGCCAGACAUUUCCUACAGUGUAUGCUUUUCAGUUUGAUAAAGGAAGGUGAAAUUCGUACAGAUAAACUUAAUUUUCUCCCUUCCCUUCUCCCCCUCUCUAGCCCCACCUAUUCCUCCCCACCCCCCUACAUCCUGUCCUCUGGCCUCACAAUUUGCUGCUCUUCAAUCCUGUUGGACAAACAGUACUGGAGUAAAUCAGUGGGUCAGGCAGCACCUCUGGAGAACACAGUUCAGUGACGUUUUGUGUUGAGACCCUUCUUCAGGCUAAUUGUGGUGGGGGGGGGGGGGGGGAGGGUGGACAAGAGAAAGGGAGAGGCAGGACAAAGUGCAACAGGUAAAUGGUAGACAAGUGAAUGUUUUUUAUUUGACAAGCAGAUGGUCGGGACAAAAGUCAGGGAUGAUAACGGGAGGUGUGAAAUGGCUUUGUAAGGUUGCAGGAUGUGGAGCUAGCAGGAGGGGGUG